GUUCGGUUUACUGACAGCGGGUGUUUUGACGUCGCGUGCGUUCUUGCUAAAUGGACGUUGUUCGUAAAUUAGCCAAGGCUCUAGCCUCUAAUCAAGAUAAAGUGAGACGAAAGGCACAGAAGCAAGUAAAAGUAAUCCUUUCAAAGAAAUCAUUCAAUGGGAAAGAUGAUUGGACUUACGAACAGUUGCUAGGCAUUUGCAAAGGUCUUCACUACAGUUUAUGGAUGCAGGAUAAGUUGCUGCUGAAGGAACAAACGGUCGUCCGGUUAUGUAACAUAUUACCCAAUAUUGAGGACAACACGGUCACAUUGUAUUAUUCUUAUGCCAUGUUUGAAACACUAGCAAGAGAAUGGGAUAACUUAGAUUACUGGAGGGUAGACAAAUUUAUGCUACUCGGACGAGAAUUUUUUACGAGAGGCCUUCAGUUUAUUUCCUGCAAAAAACCUGAAAUUUUACCUUCAUUUGUGGAGGCCAUUUUCACCAAGAUAUUGAACAAUGACAUAAAUCAUGCUGUUGGUCUAAAAAUUCAUUUCUGUACUCUAAUAGGUGAAGAACUUCCGAAAAAGAACGUAAAAAUGUUAUCUGUGCAGUUAGUCUUUCAAUAUCUCCUGGUUUUACUAGCUUCCCUACCGAAACACAACAUUUACGCUCACAAUGUCCUAUCUCUGAUUACUCGGAUAACAAAACUUAUUCGAAGACGUCCACAAUGUUGUCUAGAUCGUAUUAUGAAAUGUCUUGAGAAUAUUUUAAGCAAAGAUUCCUCGUAUAGAAACGCUCUAAAACGAGUUGACACAAAUCUAAAAAGAAUUCUGGCAAAUAGAGAAACUACAUCAGUGGUAACCGAUGGACAGAUUCCCACGAUAUGUACAGAGUCUUCACCUGAGACGACAAAUAUCGUCCCCAAUACUUGUGAGAAUAUAAAUAGUGAAGGUGGUUCAUCAGAGCUUAAGAUCGUAAAGAAAAAAAUUCCGAAGGUUUUAAAGAAGAAAAAACGGGUGAUUAAAAAACGUUCAUAUGCUGAAGCUGCUAAUGUAAAUCGUUACUUACUUUCCAACUACUUUUAGUCCGUAAAUGUAGAGUUCAGCAAUCAAGCUGAUGAUUUUGUCGAAGAAUCACGUCCGAAGAGAAUGAAAUCUGAAAUACCUACAAAGUCUGUUGACGAAUGCACAGCAGUUCCAUGUGUAGUUCCUGAUUCUCCAUGCCCUUUUUCAGCAUGUGAUGAAUCCAAACCAAACGUCGGUCAAUUUAUAUCUCCUAAUGUUUCAAUAAGUGUCAACUCUGCUUCUGAAGAAAAGUGUACUUCAAACACUCCGCUUUCUUCUGAAAGACGUGUAUCCUUUGGUAAGGUAUUUCGUAAGAGUAGGUUUACUGCACAGUUUUCCAUAAUCUAAAUUUUAGAAUUUAACUCAACUCGUUGCAUCUCCCUAACCCCACCGGUUAGGGUUAUUCCAGCCAAGGGAAUUUUAAGAAGUAACAAAUCUAUAGCUGAUGAAGCAAAAGCUAACGUUUCGUUCUAAUUGAAGUUGUAAUUUUGUACAUAUAAAUGAAAUAAACACAAUAUUUAUGUA